UAUCUCUCUUUUAACAUAGGAGGACACAUAUUCUACUCAGCAUUGGGAGGGAGGAGUUGUGUGUGUGAAUAUGUGGACCAGUCUACUGAGCCGAGGAAGUGCCUUCAAUAGCAGCUGUCACCCGGCAUUGGUGCGGACCCCUCCUGUUAUGAUGCAGUCCACUCUGGAUAUGAAGUCCUUCAUGUCCUUCCCGGUGGAAACCACAUCAGCAGUGGGACUCUUCCCCAACUUCAACACAAUGGACCCUGUGCAGAAGGCCGUAAUUAAUCACACAUUUGGAGUCUCCAUCGCGCCGAAGAGAAAGCAAGUUAUUUCCUGCAACAUCUGCCAACUGCGCUUCAACUCAGAUAGCCAAGCCGAUGCGCACUACAAAGGCAGCAAACAUGCCAAGAAGCUCAAAGCGCAGGAGACCCCUAAACAUAAGACCCUGAAAAACUACAGCACACCCAGCCAGGACAGAGGAAAGAGAUUCAUAUCCUCCACCACCUCCUCUUCCUCCUCCAGUAUCGCUCUCACUGCCUGCAGCUCUGAACAACCAGUUAAAAAAGGGUUAUAUCCAAACAAUCUCUACACCAUGGCGUCUUCAAAAUCGUUUUUCCCAGCUUCUGGCCUGGCAUUGGCGCCUUCAUCUAUCCUGUGUAAACCUUUGUGUGAGCCCACACCUGCCAGUCCGGCCCCAGAGAUGCCAAAGCCCACACUCACUAAACCAACCCCGGUGCCUGCUGUGCCUGCUGCCCCCGCCCCAUGCACGCACUCCGACGAAUCAGAGGAGGAGAAGGCCAAGAAGCUUCUCUACUGUUCGUUAUGCAAAGUAGCCGUCAACUCCCUCUCCCAGCUUGAGGCUCACAACACAGGUUCCAAGCACAAAACGAUGCUGGAUGCGAGGGAUGGAGCAGGGCCCAUCAAAGCCUAUCCCAGGCCAGGGGCUAAGCUCAAGGUCCAGGCCACCAUCACCAAAGGCUCAGGCCUGCAGAACAAGACGUUCCACUGCGAAAUCUGUGAUGUCCACGUCAACUCAGAGAUCCAGCUCAAACAGCACAUUUCCAGUCGGAGGCACAAAGACCGAGUGGCCGGGAAACCCUUGAAGCCCAAAUACAGUCCUUACAGCAAGCAGCAACACAGCACCGCCACCACCACACUAGAAGCUAAACUCGCAUUCCAGAAGGACCUUGUGAAGCCCCUGUCUCAGGCUUUCCUCUCCAGCCCGUUCAUUCCCACCACAAUACCCUCCAUCUCCCUCCACCCGCGGCCCAACACCUCCAUCUUCCAGAAAGUCGCCCUCCCGCCCUCUUUCCUGCGAGCAGCUCCUGGCCCUAUCCGGCCAACAGGAGGGUCCAUCCUCUUCGCCCCAUAUUGACCUUUGAACCCCUCAUCCCGACCACCUGAGCACAGAGGGAGGUCCAGCUUUGUGUGCACAGUGUCCAUAUUAUGACAGCCUCAGAGUCACAAGUGGUUGGUGUCAAACUGUUCCUCAGAGAGCUCUGAGAUGUGUAUGAGAGGUGUUACCAUGGCAACGUUCACACUGGGGCAGUCAGGAUUACGGAGCUUGACCCGACAACAUGUUUCUCCUAAACCUGCUGAACCUUAACCGAGGGGAGCAUUGAACUGUCUACACCCUGAUUGACCUGAAUUACCGCGGUUUCUCGGCACAAUGUAAGGACAACACCAGUCACAUGUACGGUGUCCUAUUAGGACAGCCUCAGUGUCAGGACUUCUUUCAAUCUCACCUUACACAUGAUCGGUGUGAAUUUGUGGUAGUGCUGGACAGCAGAGGAAGUGCUGUGUUGUUUUAGACCGAUGAUGGGGGCUAGCUUGUCUCCAGUGUUUGUAUGGUGGAGAAAGCUAUGGGAUACAGUGCCAUGAUUGACCUCAAAUCAGGCGUCUCAACUUUUCUUCUAACUCUUGUGGGCUGAACAACUGACACCAGCUGCGAUUAACUCUUUCAAAGCCACAAUAAACAUCCCUGCAAAAUCUGGGAUGUUUUCCUUCGGUCCUUCAAUUUCAGUGUUAUUAUAAGAUAAACAACUGUUUGUUUGUCCAAAGACAAAAUGGAGAAUUGCACAUUAAUGCUGACCUGCCUGUUGUCUGGCAGGGACGUCAUGGGCCUUUGAUUUCUAUGUGAUGUCAAUGUUUUUGUCAGGGCACUGUAUUGUGACUCCUUAAUGCAAUAAUGUACAGAGUUUUAAGAUACAUGUACAGUAUACACAAAACUAUGUUAGGUAGUAUUGUAGAGAGAGUACUAGAAAUAGAGUUUAUGCAUACAUUGUGGUUUGGAGAGUUUGGAAAUACUGCUUUAAACUUUUUUUUWAAUCAAGAAACGAGAUAUGAAUGUUAUAGUUGUGCUCCUUUAAGUAGGGAAUUGUGAGCUUAGGAUCAAAAUUGAAAAACUGCCAUCUCUGGAUGAUACAGUGAUGUCCUUUGCUAUGCAAGAAGUUUUUAACUAUUGUCACCACAUUUUAAGCGAUAUUGUGUACGAUUUUAACCGCGGCAACAACAGCAAGAUUUAACCUGUAUGGUGUUAAUAUUAUGACACCCUCAUUCUCAGCAGGACUUGUUUCAAUCUUAGCAGGACUUAGGCUGUCCUAAUAUGGACACCGUCAAACAGAGUUGAUUAAAAUAGAAGGAGGCUAGAUGUCUAUCCAUAGGAAUUCUUUGAAGGUAUGCCUUCACACCCCUUGACUAUUUCCACAUUUUGUUGUGUUAGAAAAUGGGAUUAAAAUGGAUUUAAUUGUCAUUUUUGA